CCAUGAUUGUUCAGUCCGAGUGAGCUAUUCGAUUUGGCAGGUGGAUAGUGUGACAGUGGAUUGUUAAGUGCAUUUUGGUUUUUGGGUUUCUCGGCAGGAUUUGACAAUGAUGAGACGGGCAGUGGUGGUGCUCCUGCUAGCGGGUUGGGCGACAGCGGCCACCCAUGUCAAUAUAACCAUAGCUCAACAGCCGGCAACUAAUCCAGCUGAUGUUAGCUAUGUGGAUGGACGAGCACCGGCUGAAUUGCGUGCAGGUCCAUUUAGGUAUGAGGAUUCGGAGCAGGAGCAGCGUUUUGAACGCUUACAGGAGCGACCUCAACAGCAGCAGCAGCUGCAGCAACAACAACAGCAGCAGCAGCAGCAGCAACAGCAACAGCAACAACAGUCGCAGCAGCAACCUCAACAACAACAACAACUAGGCCAAAUCCCACAAUCCCAACAAUCCUUGUCUCCACGUCAGGGUCUGGGAUUACAGCCGCCGGCAGCUACUCAUAAUGGACGCCUGCCACGUCGACGUGGUCACAAUCGUCGUCCUUUGCCACAUCAGCAACAAGCCCCUCUUAGUCCACAUAGCGGCCAGUUCCGUCAACGGAAUCAGCAAUUGCGACAGAAUCAGGAAUUCGAACGUUAUAUCCAAUCGUAUCACAGUCAUGGACCCACCGUAGAAACAGUAUUUGAGACAUCGAGUCCGUCGCCACAACGUUAUACCCAGUCGCAAUCGCAAGUAAGUCUGAGCUCCUCCGAUGACAGUGCCCCACAGAAGAUUGUGGCCAUUGGUGGCUCGAGAUCGCAACAAUUGCGCAUGUUUGAGCGUCAGGUUGCUGCCCCAGUGGGAGCCGCACAAAGUGCGCCGGAGCCGGUACAGGAUAGCAAACCCAUAUACGAGGCACCAGCACCAGCAAGUGCCAGUUCCUCCUCCGCUUCGUCGUCGUCUGCGUCUUCGAGUAGCUCUGGGGUCAACAGUGCUGCCCCCGCACCAGCUGCUCCGGCUCCUCAGCCCGCGGAGCCUGCCACGAGCUAUGUAAAUUUCAAUUACGACGAUGGCCAGGAUGUGGACUAUCAGGAUCCAUAUGCACCCGAAGUGGAUGAUGGCCAGGGCUAUGAUGAUUAUAAUGACCAGUCUUACUAUGCAGGUGGAUCCGGUUAUUUGCCGCCACCACCAUCAAGGAGUUACGCCCCACCGCCUGCUCCUGCUCCAUUGCCCCAACGUCCGCUGGUGACCAAGACCAUACAGAUUGUUCAGCCGGCUCUCAAGGCCAAGAAAUAUGAAGUGCGCCAUCCGGCCAUCCAAAAGGAGUUCUAUGACAUUGAAGAGCGAGUGGUUAUCAAGCCGGCUGGAACUCUUGUUGUCGAACUAGAUCGUCCAGUGGCCAAGAUACCCAAGGGCGAAACUCUUCUACCCUUGGGUCAUCCACAUCCGGCGGUUGCCUCUGCCUACAAUCACAAUGGCAACAUUCAGACCCAAAGCUACAAUAACAAUGGCAACGAGUAUCGGCCAUCCUAUGAGGUAGCUCCAGCUCCGACUCCGGCUGUUAAGGAGCAACAAGCGACGACCAUUGGAUCGAGCGUAACGACCAUGCCAUCAUACGAUCAGGCGCCCAAGGAUGACUUUGUAGAGUCACAACUGCAGCAGCAGCAGCCCUCUGGUGGUAGCGAUGCCACCGAUGGUCGUCUUCCAUCCUCUGUUUCGGCCGUCGAUGGCAAUGGCAACUCAUUCAAGAUCAAUACGAAAAAUCUAACACCCAAUAUGAUUGUACGACCGGAACAAGAGCAGGAUUAUCCACGUAUACCACCAAAUGAGGCCAACUAUGAGCGAUCACCUCCUCCUCCGCAGCAGCAGCAGCCGCAGCAGCAGCCGCAGCCGCAGCGUGGCUAUCAGCAGAGAACCAACUACAAUCGUCCAGCCUACAAUCCCGAGGAUUACUUCACGGGUGAGUUUCUGCCCAAUGCCAAUAUCGGCAAUGUGGACGCCAAGCCAGCUCGCCUGGAACAACUCGAUCAGGCCCAAGUGCAGGAACAGGAGUCACCACGCCAGCGAGCACAAAUAAUCAAGCAUGAGCACAAGAUUCAUUUGCCUCCAUCCCAGCACAAUAUCUAUUUGGGUCGACAGGCUCAAUCACCGCCCAAGGAACGCCGGAUAACAGAGGUGCCAGCCCAUGUAGCCGAAUUGAAGCCAUAUCUGCGCAAUCACAAUGGACCCACUAUAGUGUAUGCCAAGCCAGCGGGAAGACCAGCCUCAGUAACGCGCACUUACUAUCCACAGGUAUCGUCGCGUCAGCGUAGUCCUCUAGCCGAGGAACUUGAGUACAGUGCUCCCUAUUCGCAAAUGCGUUUCAGUCCUGAGUCAGAGCAAUCGGCCAGACUGGUCGAUCAGACAGUUCCCUCCUCCUCCUCCUCCUCCUCCUCCAAACAGUCGUCACCCAAGACACAUAUUCAAAUCCAAAUACCCAAUCAACAAGAUGGCGAUAAAUCUGUGGUGGUGGCCUCCACCAUUACUCCUGAUUGUGAUAGGCAACACCAGCAACAGCGAUCCUCUCGUCUGCAGCAAAAAUCUCAGAGAUUAAUUGAAACCCCUGCUUCUGAGGUGCCGGCCACCCAAGCCACACCCACGCCGGCUCAACCCCAACCAGAUGUCGAUGUGGCCCUCAAUGGAGCCGCUGGCCAUUUGCAGCCAAAUGAACGUGUCAUAGCUGCCACACCCGCGCCCACAGAUGCCGCUGCCACAUCGGAGACCUUCCACAAGCGACGCAUUGUGGUCAAUCAUCCCUUCCAGACGGUUCGCGAAGUUGUUGAACAUGAGCCCAUCACCAAUUACCAUCAGAUUCAGGUUAAUGAGCCGGCAUCGCCAGCUCUAUAUCAUCAGGCUGCCUAUUACCAGCAACCAGUGCAGACUCAUGGCAAUCUGGUGCAAUUCCAAUCGACCUCCACGCAUGGCCAUCUCUAUGGUUAGGACCCAUCAACGGACUCGGAAUGCUUGAAAACUUGGACUAGGACUAUAGCUCUAUAGCUAUACAUACAUUAUAUAUUAUUUUUUUUUAGUUUUUUUUUUUUGUUAGCUUAUAGCUUAGCUAUUACCCAGCAUCCAUCCCCCCACACAAAAUGAAAAUGGAAAAAUUUAUCGGUGGAAGGGCCCUUUCCAUGGUUUGAUCCUCAUCGUAUCUGUAAUUCUUAUUUAAGGUCUGCAGUUAAA